GCCACCGUCCCUCCUCAGCAAUAUGCUGCGCCGACAGCAGUAGCACACACCGAGCAGGAGCCAUACAUCCAGCACACACCUGUUUGGGUGGUGGUGGUUCGUGGCUUCCAGGUCUUGCUGGGGUUCAUAAUCCUCGUCAUGGCUGGCUACCUCAUCCAUCUGUACGCCACGGGCGAGAAUGCCUUCGCGCUCGUUUGCGGCCUGUUCACUGCCAUCGUCGUCGGGUACGACCUCAUAACCGAGAAAGUGCCGUCGGCCCGCGUGGCAUACAACAUCUGGGCAGUCCUCGCGCUCGACCUCCUCAUGGCCAUCUUCUGGCUGGCGUCGCUGGGCGCCAACGCCGCGCUCCGCGCAACCUUCAAGUACUCGGUGACCAUCGACGGCUGCUACGAUGACGGCAGCGUCGUCAGCAGCAACCACUGCGUCGUCUCCAAGCGCGCCGCCGUUAAGCGCGCCGCUGUCGCGAACGCCGGCGGUCUGGCCAUGAUCAGCGCCAUUGCUGGCUUGAGCGCUCUGCCGUGGCUCCUCUUCAUCGCCACGCUCGUGUUCCACGGACACACCUUCCGCCUCUGGCACCAGGAACACAAGAAGCCCUCGGCCGACAACGCCACCGCCGAGAUGAAGGCGCAGGGUACGCCCAUGCUGGCCCCGCAGGCCCCCGACCAGGCCGUCGUCCACCCGCAGUACGCCGACAUGCAGCCGUACCAGUCGCAGGUGUAUCCGCCCCAACAGCUGCCCCAGCAGGCCGCCGCGGUCUACCAGCAGCAGCCGCCGCCCGCGGGCUACCCUGAGGCCCCUGCGGCAUACCCCCAGCAGCAGCCGUAUGCGCCGUAUGCCGACCCGAACCAGGCACAGUACCCGCCGCAGCAGCCGGUGGUCCCCAGCCCGCUUGGGACCCCCGCGCCGGGGCAGCCGUAUUACCCUCCGCAG